UUCAAUGUUUCAAUUGUAAAAUAACCCAAUUUAUAGGCAAAUAGAAAACCCGACUCGAGUCAGUUCAACAACAUGAGUCGCACGCUGAAGUUCCAUCUGCAAGCUCCCGACGAGGAGGAGUUCCCGCCGGAUCUGGUGGAGAUUAAUCUGAAUCCCAACUGCGGUCAGGUCAAGCAGAAAUCGGCACAGGCUCUGGACCAGUUGCUCCUGGCCACGCCCCCUCACCGGGGUUAUCCUUAUGGCUAUGCCGAGGACUCGGAGCCGGAGACGUACUUCUGCCGGAAGAGUAACUCCACGGGUCAGCUGGCCGAGAAGGUAUCGCCUCCGCCGCCGACGGCCACCAACAUCAGUUGCCUGAGGCAAAUGUACUGCCCGGAGUGCCACGAGCGGUUGCACGAACAGGGAGUCCGGCUGGAACGACUCCUGACCAUGUGUUGUUUUGCCUUCCUGCCCUUGUAUCCCUGCUGCCCCAGGCGCUCCGCCAACGAUUGCAAGGUCAUCUGUGGCAAGUGCGGCUACCUCUUGGGGGCAUGGAAGAGACAAUGAGGAGGGGAGAGGGGAAAGGGGAGCCGUGGGAAGGGGGCAAUCGGAGUGGGUGCUCCGCAUUUAAUUAUUUGUUUUGUUUAGUUUUUAAGCACUUUUUGUUGACCUUGCGGCGAGUGAUGAGCGCAGAAACUGGAAGAGCUGUUUGCCAAAUAUCGAAAUUGUUGAUUUCUGCAAUAUACUCUCGGUCAUUCUCUUAGAUCAGA